GGCCAGAAACUGCAAAUUAAUGCUAAUGCAACUCUCUACUGAAUGUACAUAAAUAAGCAACUAUUAGCUAAAAAUCUGUUUGGGAUUGACAGCCAUCAACUCUAUAAUGUGAUUAUAUUUCUUGUGUUUCCACCGUCCCCAGGUGGCUAAAGAUAUCAGUUAAUGCAGGUUUGAGGUAUAUAAAUACAUAUGAGUUGUCUUUGGUAUCAUUGUUGUCUUGUUGUUUCUUGGGUGGUUCCAGUAGAAUUACUUCCUGCUUCCUGUUUGUUUGGAAGUUUGACAGCUGCAGUGACGUAUUGACGCACAGGAGACGCCCUCAGUUUGAGGUGGUGUCGGUCACAUGCAGAGGCAGAGUGGUGCAAUAACAGAUCAGCACAAAAACAUCACCAACAUGAAAAGAGCAAAGAUAUGAGUUGUCAGAGUAGUUCAGUUUAGAUUUAGGAUUAGACUAUGGAGGGUGACUGUAUUCAGUGUGUCUGUGUUUGCUAGUGUGAGUGUUGGUUCCAGGUGCUGUCCCCAGUGCAACCUGAGCUGGUCUUUAUGAAUAAAUAAUUCAUGUGAACCAGUCAGCUCGCAAGAUACGUAGCUCCGGCUUAUUCUGCCUUUUGCCCUCCAAAGGACAGAUACAGCCCCACACAAAUACUCACACACACACACACACACACACACACACACACACACAGAUAAUUAGGCGCAAGCACAGUACAAAAUAUUUCUAAUAAUUUUCAGCUUCAGGAUUCAAUUUCAGGGCUUCUUUGUUUUGUCGUGACACCUGGAGCGACCUCACAGAUCAUGAAUCCUGAAUAUGACUACCUGUUCAAACUUCUUCUGAUCGGUGACUCUGGGGUCGGAAAAUCAUGUCUGCUGCUUCGCUUCGCGGAUGACACCUACACCGAGAGCUACAUCUCCACCAUCGGAGUCGACUUCAAGAUCAGGACCAUCGACAUGGACGGGAAGACAGUGAAACUACAGAUUUGGGACACGGCAGGUCAAGAGAGGUUUCGAACCAUCACCUCCAGCUACUACAGAGGAGCUCACGGCAUCAUUAUCGUCUACGACGUCACUGAGCAGGAGUCCUUUAACAAUGUGAAGCAAUGGUUGGACGAGAUAGAUCGGUACGCCUGUGAAAACGUCUCACAGCUGCUCGUGGGAAACAAGGCUGACCUCGUUGGUAAGAAAGUGGUGGACGCAGCCACUGCUCAGGAACUGGCCUCAUCUCUUAAGAUCUCCUUCCUGGAGACAAGUGCUAAGAGCGCUGAUAACGUGGAGAGGGCCUUCCUCACCAUGGCCUCUGAGAUCCACAAGCGCCUGGCCAGUGAGGGAGGGGGGAUGCAGGGGGAGUCUAAAGAGGCCAGGGCCCAGAGCGCCAAGAUCAACAGCGCCCCUCUGUGGCUGGGAGGGGAAAAACAGACGCAGGAGGCCAGUAACUGCUGUUGAGCAGGAGACAACAACCUGACUACAAUGAUAUGUACACUGUACAAAACUGAGGGGUGUCAUUUUAAACACACCCACUUGUCUAGUUUCAACACUAUGUGAUUGUGUGUUUUGAAGACACAUUGUCAGAAUUUUGACAUCUUUGCUAUUGAACAAAAAACAAAUAAAAUGGGGCUUUUCAGGAGGAAAGAUAGUGUUUUUAGCUUGAGGACAAUAUAUUUUUUGAGCUUGGUAUUUUUGAAUUAUAUAAAUGGAAUUUCUGCUUUAUUAAAGAGCAGAGACAAACAGGACAGAUCACAGAAAGAUUUGCAACUCAGCUAAAUGAGGACAGUGUGGGUGAAAAGGUUUUUAAAUACAAAAAGGGACAUUUAAUGCAUCACUCGAGAUAAAAGAUGUGCAAAAAGUGGAAUUGCAAACCUGCCUUGUGAAAAUGGCAAUAUUUAAAUAUUUGUUUAAACUCACACAGUAUGGAAGGAGUUUUAUUCCAAAAUGUUAUAUUAGCAGUUUGAGCUACAGUUAUGGAUAGUGUUAAACUAUCAAUUACCAUCAUUUCCCUGAGAGGUGAUUUAUCAUAUUUACCAGCUUUUGUUGUAGUCUGCAUGUUGUUUGUUUAUGUCAAUAAACACUUAUG